GGGCCUGGGCCGGAAGCGUCGAGGGGAAGGGUGCGGGUUGUGCCGCGAAUUCGGGUCGGAAGGGAAGCAGACCGGUGGGACCGGCUCCGAGGGGGGCAGUUGCAGUAUCUCAAGAAGAGGGAAAGAAGGAGUAGAAAGUUCCAAUGGCAGAACUAGCUGCACACUUACAAGUCCAGCGUGGGCAACUGAGAGAAAACUCACCUGACAACCAUCUGACCAAUACUAUGACACCUCUGACCUGUGAUCUGUUUAAUGCUAAUCAGAAUGACAACUCCGAAAGACGGCGUCAGGAGAGCAGCGAUCGAAGACGCAAUGAUAAUCCUGGUUCAGCAUCUAACGGGCAGCCGCAGCACAACACUCGCCAAGUGGUGGAACAAGAUGACGAGGAGGAGGAGGAGCUGACACUGAAAUAUGGGGCAAAGCAUGUGAUCAUGCUCUUUGCGCCCGUCACGCUUUGUAUGGUGGUGGUAGUUGCAACCAUCAAGUCCGUCAGUUUUUAUACACGCAAGGAUGGACAGCUCAUCUACACACCAUUCACAGAAGAUACAGAAACCGUUGGACAAAGAGCUCUGAAUUCUGUUCUCAAUGCUGCCAUCAUGAUUAGCGUUAUCGUUGUCAUGACCAUACUCCUGGUUGUGCUUUAUAAGUACCGGUGCUAUAAGGUAAUCCAUGGGUGGCUCAUCGUUUCUUCUCUCUUCUUGCUUUUCUUUUUCUCAUUCAUUUACUUAGGGGAGGUUUAUAAGACCUAUAAUGUCGCUGUAGACUACAUUACCAUAGCGCUCAUGAUCUGGAACUUUGGUGUGGUAGGAAUGAUCUGCAUUCACUGGAAAGGCCCUCUCCGGCUUCAACAAGCCUACCUCAUUAUGAUAAGUGCUCUCAUGGCCCUGGUGUUUAUCAAAUACCUUCCCGAAUGGACUGCCUGGCUCAUCUUGGCAGUGAUUUCAGUGUACGAUCUGAUUGCUGUGUUGUGUCCUAAAGGGCCUCUUCGUAUGCUGGUUGAAACAGCACAAGAAAGAAAUGAAACUUUGUUCCCAGCACUCAUUUACUCAUCAACAAUGAUAUGGCUAGUGAACAUGGCUGAGGAAGACCCUGAGGCCCAAAAGAAAGCUCCCAAAAACGCUACUUAUGAUACACAAGUCACAACAAAUCAGAAUCAGAAUGCCGGUCCUGAGGCUGAUGAUGGAGGUUUCAAUCAGGAGUGGGAGCAACAACGAGAUAAUAGGAUAGGGCCUCUGGAAUCGACCCCUGAAACACGAGCUGCUGUUCAGGCAAUCCCCUCAAAUUCCACAACAACAAGUGAGGACCCAGAGGAGAGGGGAGUUAAACUUGGUUUAGGGGACUUCAUUUUCUACAGUGUUCUAGUUGGCAAAGCCUCAGCAACAGCCAGUGGAGACUGGAACACAACUUUAGCCUGUUUUGUAGCCAUUUUAAUUGGCCUGUGCCUUACCCUCUUGUUGCUCGCCAUCUUUAAAAAAGCCUUACCAGCUCUUCCAAUCUCCAUAACCUUUGGGCUCGUUUUCUAUUUUGCCACAGAUAACCUGGUGCAACCUUUUAUGGACCAGUUAGCAUCCCAUCAGUUUUAUAUCUAGCGUACUUUUAAGUUGACCACCUCUGGACAUUUGUAUUGACUGUAGCAAAUAUGGGAAGGAGAAUUUAUUUCCCCCCCAUUUCUUAAAGCACCCAUUGUGCUGGGUACUACUGGAUUCUUCUUUGUAAAAAUGAAUGGGCUCUGGGACAUUAAGUCCUCAGCAAUCUGAGUUAUACAUCUUUGAAAAGGACCAUAUGUACAAAGGAUGCCGAUGCUUUCACCAGCAACAUAACUACUCAGCACCGCAAUUCCACCCCCACCCCACUAUUGAAGAGUAUUGAGAAUCACUAUGAGAUUAAACAAAGGGAACUGGUAAAUCAAUCUAAGCUGUCUGAGUGUUUGAAGAGUCAGCCUGGCUCCAGAACAUGAGCUAUCAGCACUUGCAUCUUGAUCCCACUGCGGGUGACCUGGAAAGCAGCAACUGUCCUGUAGAUGAGAGGAUUUUGUCUUGUCUCAAGAAAAAAAAAAUCAUGCAAGUCAUCCCAUGUACUUUGUGCUGCAUUUUUUAAAUUCUAAUUGUCCGUCUGGCUCAGCAGCCUGUGUACAAAUGUGCAAGUUCCUAGAAUUCUUCAGCACAGAACACAUACUUUCUGACUCUGCUGCCAAAUGUUCCCUGGAUUCAGUUUGAAACAGGCUAGUUCAUGCGAUCAGAGUUGGGAUCCUUGAUUUCAAAAUAAUUAUACUUCUUACUAAAUUUAUAUAACCCAUUUCUGUAUGUCUCCCCUUCCUCAAAAAUAUACUGAAUAUUUUUUCACCAUUAUAAUGAUCUAUAUAAUGUAUUCAGAUAUUAAGAGAUAAGAAGACAUGACACUCUUAAAGCUACAGAAUAGCAGGGACAUACAUUACAACAAAAACAUUUUUGUUUGUUUUUCUUUUAACAAAGUGGUGAAGGUUUGAAUUCAUUUCUUGUUAUCAAACUUAUAAAAAAAUAGUAUUGCUUGGGGUCAUUGUGUAAAAUGGCAGGUGUUGUACUGUAAAAGUAAAGAGUGUAUAUCAAGGUUGAGGGCUGAUACCCACAUAACACCCAAACAGGACUGUUAUGGAACAAUCUUUUUGAAAUCCUACAUAUGAAAAGUAUUACAUUUGAGCUGUUCAUCCAUGUGGAGUUUUCAGACAAAGUCUAUAACCAAAAUACUAGAUUCCUGCCUUGCACUGCUUACAGGAUCAUCCCAGAAAAACUCCUGUGGUAACCAGCAAUUUGGUAACAUCUUGGGUAACUUUUUGCCCCUUGUAGUCUCCAUUAUGAAUCAUUCCAGAUGUACUCCUUUUCUGUUAUAUCAGAAAAAAGUCCUAAAACCUUAGGUGCAAUAGUUUUUGUUCCAAAUUUCCAGAGGGCACCAGGCUGCCUAGAUGCAGAAGAGUCUGAAACAUAAAGAGUACUAUCUGUAUUUUGUGAAAUACUAUACUGAAUUGAAUGCUGUACUAUCAGCUACCUAAUCAAGGGCAGCAUGAAAGUGGCUUGGGGAUGAAAACUAGAACCAAAACUUGGGCACAAGAAAUUGUGUAUUUAUCUAAUUUAUCUUCAUUCUGGAAGUUAGUAUGACCCAGAAAGGGGCUACAAGAUCGUAAUGGCUUCUUGAGAGGGACUAGAUAAUUCAGUUCCUCCUGAACACGUUCAGUUUUAGUAGCCUUUGGAAGGCAACACUCCUCUAGUGAAUUGUUUGGCGAAAUAUGCAUAUACCCCCUUGCUAAACAAGCCCAUCAUCUUUGCUGUAAAGAUUCCUUAACACAGUGGUCAGUCCUCGAUGGUUAUAUUUCCAGUUCCGAUACCUUCUCUCAAAAUUUACAUAGAUUGCUAAGGAACUCCUUGUUAGCAGAAGUUUAAAAAGUCAAAUCAAGCAUUACAGGAAUGUGAAAAUAUAUUUUCUCUGCUUUUUCUGUAUAUUGGAAUUUAUUACAGACUGAUAACAAAAAUGAGGAAAAGUUAUGUUAAUCUCUGUAUCUGUAAUAGGGUGUAUAACUUUUUUUAAUAAGACCAUGUCUAAGUUCCAGUGGCAAUUAAGAUGAGGGGCUAAUGUAGUCUACUCAAACCCUGGUGAGUCCCAAACCUUUUAAGGACUGCAGAAGGCUGCUACAGCUGAAUCUUCUUAAAGUACAAAGCACACUCAUGGUUGACUUUGGCUCUCAAGAUCUUGGAUGUUACAGUUGGAAUUCGGUCCUUGUACAUGACAAUUGCUGAUGUAGCAAAAGAAACAAAAAUUGGAGUAUGUUAGAGGGUGAAUUUUAGGAUAAAGAAAUUUUCUUAAGUUUUUUUGGUAAAUUAUUUUGGCAGCUAUAUGUAAAGACCAUUAUCAAGUCAUCUACAGUACUUGGUUCUGUACAGUGGUGUGAUCUUCUUGUUUCAUAAUACUGGAAAUGGAGUAGAAUUGGAUUUUUACUCUAGCAUUUGAUUUUCUUUUUUCAGACACUGGUUUGUAUAUAAUCUGAACUGAAUGUGAAUAAGCCUUUUUAAAACACCUUUUCAAUUAAAAUAUAAUUUUGAUAGGUUAUUGCAAUUUUCUCUGUAUUUAUCAAAUUAUUAAAAAUAAAUAAUGCAUGGAUCCUA